AUGAAACAGUUAUGGCAAGGAUUAAGAUGCUUAAAGCCAUGAACACAAAAGAGCUGUCUAAUGCAGAAAUUUGAAGAUUCAUGAGAGUUAAUUGAGCUUUCAGGAAAACUUUAUUAUAAGCACCCUUGGCUUGAGGAUGAGUUUUACACAUUAGUUAAAAUCGAAAAAGAUUAUGAUUUAAGAGUCUGGUGAUAUACUCAACAAUUCUUGCGAGUAAAAGGUCGGGGGAUUGCACGAACUCUUAGACAAUAA